AUGCCAGGCUGUGCGAUAUUCGAGAGAGUGUUCUGGGCUUUUGGUCCAUCAAUUGAAGGUUUUCAACAUUGUAGGCCAGUGAUUAGUAUAGAUGGAACUUUCCUAUAUGGUAAGUAUAAAGGUACGUUACUGAUUGCAUCAACUUGGGAUGGUGACAACAGACUUUUUCCACUUGCCUUUGCCAUUGUGGAGAAGGAAACUGAUGAUAGCUGGUAUUGGUUUUUGCGUUGUAUUCAGAUUAAUGUCACUAAUCGAGAAGGGUUAUGUGUCAUAUCUGAUCAUCAUCCUGGCAUGGAGAAUCAGUUACGAAAGUAUCAAAUCACCAGGGAUAGAAUUACUCAAUUAAGUGCAGAUGGUGAGAAGUAUUUAAGGGAAAUGCCAGUGGAAAAGUGGUCGUUAGCAUACGAUGGUGGACAUCGUUAUGGGGCAAUGACCACAAACUUGUCUGAAAGCUUCAAUGGAAUUCUAAAGAGUGCUAGAAAUCUGCCCAUAACUGCAUUAGUUGAACUUACAUACUAUCGUUGUGUCGCCUACUUUGCCGAUCGGUAUACUAAGGCAUGUGCAGAGGUUACUGCCGAUGAACGCAUUACGGCCUAUGCAAAGAAUAAAUUCAAUAAAUGGGAAAAAAAGGCACCAAAGCAUUCAGUUACCGUGUUCAGUCAUGAAGAUGGUUUGUUUGAAGUCAGAACACCAAUAAACCCUAACUCUGCAUAUUGGGGUAAUCAUCGUCAUGAGGUAAAUUUGAGGCAGAACACUUGUAGUUGUCAAAAAUGGCAGGUUUAUAAGAUUCCAUGCUCACAUGUCAUUGCCGUGUGUAAAUAUCAAGGCAUCUCUGCAAUGCGAUAUAUCGACCGUUGCUACCAUUUGGAAGAACAAGUUGCUUGUUAUGCACCUAGAUUUCGCAUAGUUCUAGACAGUGUACAUUGGAAUGAGCCUAAUUUCCCGGUCUUGUAUCCUAAUGUCAAGCUGCGUCGUGAAAAAGGUCGACCAAGAACAACUCGGCUUCGAAAUGAAAUGGACGAAGGGGCAGAGCAUCAACCAAGGCCAUUGUGCAGUCUCUGUAGGCAAGAAGGCCAUAAUAGAAGAACAUGCCCCACUCGAACUGUGGCUGGCUCCACUAAUGGCUAA